AUGGUGGCACCAUCGCCGCUGCCCUUUCCGGGACCUACCUUUGAGGCGCGCAAGAGCAAGAUUCUGGAGCAGCUCGCGGUGCCUGACGCCGAGUACUCGGACGCCUCCCCCAAAGGCACCGUCGACGUGGGUAUCCGGCCGCUGCUAGCCAAGAUCAACGCGUCGGCGGGUUUCGUGACGACGAGCAGCUGCGCGGGGCGUGUGAGCGUCUUUGUCGAGGGUCGCAAGACGGCCGACGCGGGGGCCGGCGCGGCAGUGGACGCGCCGGAGCCGUCGACAGUGGCCGGCCUGGGCGGCAAGGGCGGCGGCGGGACGUGGCUGUACGUCUCGCACGAUCCGCACCCGCUGGUCGGACAGGGCGUCGUGGUGGACUGGGUCGAGGAGCUGGGACUUUCCGGGGCGCACGAUGAUGCGGCGCUGUCGGAUGCUACGGGUGGUGGUGGUUCGGAACGCAGACUGAUUCACUUCAAGUUUGAACCCAUGAUUCUCCAUGUCCUCACCGCCUCUCACGCCCACGCCCAGCUGCUCCUGCGCUGCGCCCUGCACGCCGGCUUCCGCGAGUCCGGCGCCGUCAGCCUUGUGAGCGGCGAGCAGCAGUCCGCGCAGCCCAUGGUCGCCGUCCGCUCCAUGGGCCUCGGGUUCGAGUCGCUGCUCGGCUACGCGGACGACGACGAAGGCGGGCGACGGCGGCUGCGGCUCCUUGUGCCGCCGGGCUAUCUCGACACGCUCAUGGCCGUCGGCCACGCCCGGUUCGCGGAGAACGUCAAGCGCAUACGCCGGUUCGAGGAGGCGUUUGCCGAGGCCACGGCGCCGAGCCGGAACCUGGAGGGCCGGGCGUGGGAGGAUGCCGCGGCGCGGCGCGAGAGGAUGCGCGCAGAGGGGUUGCGGCGACAGGCGGCGGCGGCGGCGGAGCAGGCAGACCGGACAGAGGCAGAGCCGGAUGUAGGCCAGGCCGGCAUAUCAUUAUAG